AUGGUGGCUUCAACAGAACCGACGCGAGCGGCAUCGACCAUGUCGGCAGACGAGGUGACGAGUGCGAAUCACUCUGGGCAAAGCCCCGCAGGAUCCAUUCUUCGAGACCGCCUGCGAGCCACAACUAACGCAGACGAACUGACGGUCCGCCUUGGUGCUGUGGCUACGACAAAGAAGAGACGCCGUACUUCGAGCGCUUACUCUAUUGUUCGCACCCUCGCUCGCGUGCUUGUGUUGUCACUGGUGGUAUACGUGGGGGUUACAGGCGGUCUGGGGAGACUGCGUGAGUGCAUUCAUUCCUGUCGCGCUUCUGAGGGCCCUGUCGUGCGCAGACUGAUGGAUCAAGGAAGUGGAGGCUCCUGCAGGUAUGGGGGAUGCCGCUGCCCUUCUUGUGUGGCAAGCACACAACGCACCGUAGGGACAGCAGCAUUAGGUGUCAGCCAGGGGUCGGUAGCAGGCCACCGGUCCGCAGGGCCCUCGCAUGAUACUUCGCUUCAGGCUGGUCCCACCAGCUCGCAGUCUCCGCUGACGCAGCAACCGCAUCCGGACAUAAUGCUGCAACUAGCCAGCAUGCUUGCUUCCUCCCACAUUGCAGACAAUCCCUUGCAAGGGUCUCCGUUCAGGAAUACGCGGCUCCGUAAGGAAGAGUACUCAGCGCAUGAAAGGCAGAAGAUGCGACUGCAGCAGCGUGAGGCUGCACAAGCCGCAGGCCGCUGGCCUACCGUAUUCCAGCAACAAUCCCUGCGGCGCGCCGCGCAAGCUGCCGCCGAAGCAUCCGCUGCUGCACAAGGGCCCUCACCCGUUGAGCAGGGGCUCCUUCAAAGACGGGCGGACCACCGCAGACGCCGCCGGCUCAAGCGUGAGGCGGCGUACCAGGGGCGAAGACUUUUGGGUACUUCGGGACGGGGUUCUCCGUCCCCGCCAGGGCCCGGUGCACCCCCCAAUUCCCCGCAGGCGUCGUCUUCUGAUGAGGACAUGGAAGACUAA